CUACUCGAUGCUGGUCCGCGUUCUGGGGCCCCAGUAGUUAUCGGGAGGCAGCCGACAGUGAGACGCGCGCCACCGGCAAGUACACUUACUUUGGUCAAAUCGUCACCAUCAAACAACUAGUCCGUGACUUUUGUUCAAAGAAAUACUCGGGAGCUUAGCUGGGAAGAAAAAUAGCAAAGAGGUCGACAGUGAAAAAGACGGUGGGUGAGAAGACGAAACAGCCAGUUUUCCAGUUGUGGAUGCCAACGGAACUGUCGCAACAUCUUUUCAAGCUGUAAGGAUUAUUCGCGCAAACUUAAAAUCGCAUCGGUUAACAAAUGCAUUUUUGAACGAUAAUUAAAAAAAAAAAAAAAUACAUGAUGAGACCGAUGAAGACAACGACAAAGGCGAUGGAGGUGAUGGCUACGGCGACUACGAUGACAGUCCUGUGACUAUUUGUUUUUUCAAACUAUAAUAGUGAAGAAAGUUUUUCGAGUGCACGAGUGUAGAUUGUCUCUUUGCCACAUUGUUUCCCUCUACUUAAUAUUGUCUUCAUUUUGUGAUCGCCAAAGAAAAAGAAAAACAAAUACAACAUGGAUACCACUAGCGUGCGCACCAGCGACUUUAACAAUAGCAACCACAACAGCAACUACACGUCCACCAACUAUAUAUUCAAAUUGUACAAUCAUGUGUUCUGGGAACUGUCAGAUCCUCGAACGAGGGACUGGUUCCUAUUGUCAUCACCUAUUCCAGGAGCGGCGAUACUCGCCUUUUAUUUGUACUUUGUGCUGUCAUGGGGACCACGACAAAUGCAGCACCGCAAACCCUUCGAGCUCAAAAAAACUCUAGUCAUCUACAACUUUUUUCAAGUCGCACUCAGUUGUUGGAUAUUUUGGGAAGGUCUUGACGCUGCCUGGCUGCGCGACUACAGCUGGAAAUGCCAGCCUGUUGACUUUUCCGAAACACCACACGCGCUCAGGGUCGCGAGGGGAGUUUAUAUUUAUUUUCUAGCCAAACUCACGGAACUGCUCGAUACGGUCUUUUUUGUGCUUCGCAAAAAAGACAAGCAAAUCACAUUCCUGCAUAUGUACCACCACACUGUGAUGCCGAUGGUAUCAUGGGGCGCAUCGAAAUAUUAUCCUGGGGGACAUGGCACCUUCAUUGGUGUCAUAAAUAGCUUUGUGCAUAUUAUAAUGUACACGUACUACAUGCUGUCUGCAAUUGGACCUCAAUUUCAAAAGUACGUUUGGUGGAAAAAGUACAUUACGGCUCUGCAAAUGGGCCAGUUUUGCCUGACUUUUUUGCACAGCCUACAGUUGCUUUGGCAGAAGUGCGAGUAUCCACGAUGGUCUUUGAUCAUAAUCCUCCCAAACGCCAUAUUUUUCUACCUUCUUUUUUCCGAGUUCUACAACAAGGCAUACGUGGAUACAAAGAAAAAGGCAAAAAAAUUGAAAAAGAGUCAUAAAGGAGAGGAAGAAGAGAAGGACUCCGAUAACGAUAACAAUGACGACAAGAGCUGCCCAAAGCCGCAUAUGACGAGCAAUGGCACCGCCUGUAACAAAAGCAAUAGUCACGCGAUAAACGGAAAAGUACAUAAUGAGAAUUAUGUGCCUAAUGGUACGAAGUUGGUUACUAAAAACGGAAAAUCAAAAUUGUCUUGAAGCUCUCAUUUUUACUAAAUGUUCCAGUACUACCGUUUCUUUCACUAUCUAUGUAUUGUUUAAAUCCACUAAUUGAUUGAUACGAUUGCAUGAGAGUAAACUGCAAGCAAAUUCUAAUAAUGCUCUGUAAAUAAAAAACGUGAAUAACUGCAUUCAUACAUACCGUGGAUGCGCGUUGUAUUGCAUACAGAGAGGAUCCGAUGGGUUUUCUCGAAAUUUCUAUCUUAGAUGGAAAUCAAGAGCUUAUAAUUUUUUUUAACGUUAUUUUAUAUGUAAGAAUUAUCAACGUCGUGCGAAGAAACGAGUACGCGAGUUAAGUUACUUUUCUUGUAAUGAAACGUAAAUGCCAGACAUCUUGAAUUUCAAACAUUUUCGCAUAGAAACCUUGUUGUUUAAAUUUUAUUUGGCUUACUCGACGUACUGUGAUAAAGUUAUUAGGGUUUUUAUAACAUGUAAAUUUGAAUCAUAUCUUAAAUAUCAAGUUUAUUUUGAACAGCUUCAGCUAGAAAUAAAAAGAGAAAGUGCAUGUUUAGAUUAUUCAUUAGUUUGUAAAGAAUACCGAGCGUUAAGGGUGAGAUGAUUUUUGUAAAGUAAAAAGUAAAUUAAUAAAAAUGAUACGGAUGUAACAAAACAACAACAAAAAUUUUUUUUUUACAAUUUUGUAAAAUUUAAAGAGUUGGGUACUAUUACGAUGUCUUUAUAUGCUUUAACGGCAAAGAAAAACGAGUUUUAGUUACCGUGAUAAAAUUUCUUUCCGCAAGCUUUGAACACCACAAUGAUUAUGGUAUUUACUUAGGAUAUUAAAAAUAAAGUCUUAUAAUGUCUUUUUCGAUAAGUAAUUAUAAUUUAUGUAUGCUCAUGUACACCGAUACCGGGCUCGCAUGCAAUUUCGAGGUUCCAAACAGCUUUGUCACGUCUCAAUAUAUCCGUCUUGCUUUACGUAACGCAAGAAAGAUUUUUUAGGUCUUACUAUUGUCAUGAAAGUAAUAUUUUAUGAACGAAAUUUAUUAUUAAUAUAAUAAUACAUCAUAUGGAUACUUGAAUAAAUACAAAGAGGAUACGUGAAUUCUCAGAGAUGCUGUAAACAAUGUUUUUCAGGCAUUAACUUUGUUAUAAUUUGUACGUAGAAUACAUUGAGACUUCUCAUACAACUGUAAGAUUUAUCCUUUUUAUUUGUUAAAACCACGAUUAUCUUAUUAAAUUUUUAUUUUUUAAUGUUAAAUCGUAUAAUAUACAUGUAUGCGCAUACAUUUUCCGUGAAAUGUGAAUAAUGUAAAUUUUUAAAAAAUCAAUAUUUUCUAUUCGUAAUGUAAGCUUGAAAAUUUAUUAGGCUACAAUAGAUUUGUUCUUUUCACUAACAAAUUUUUAUUGAUCAUAAAAUUAAAAAAACAAAUAUACAUAUUUAUACAUCAUAAAA